AGUCUCAACCCGGGCAGAGAAGAGCAGAGGAGGCAGCCACCCACCUUCUUCUCCCCUUCUCUCUCUCUCUCUUCCCGCCCGCCAUUAAUGCCCACCUCUGUCUCCCCCUCGGGCUGGCAACUAGUACCAGCAGCUCUCGUGCCUCUGCUUCCAAGUGGUUCCACAGAAAGGUCAACCUCCUCACCUUAGCUCCCCCGUGAUCCAUCCGGCAACAGGGCCGCCUAGGUGCAGGGAAAGGGAGGAGACUCAGGCAGGCGUAUAUAUCAAGCUUAGCCUUUGGGCCAAGAACUACGCUUCCUCUUCGUCGAAGCUCUCCCCUCAUCCCCUGCCCUGCCCCGCCCUUCGAGCGAGAGGAAUUCAAGGCACCGCCUUUGGAGGCCCACCGAUCUGCUGUUUUGGUGAUCGGUCGCCAUGGGGAACUGCUGGGGAACCAAGAUUGGCUUGGACAGCCCCUCUCGAAGCACCUCCCCUUCUUCAGGGGCAGGUUCCAAGUCUGCAAGAGGAAAGGGGGCGGGACUGAGCGCAUCCAGCAGCCGUGUCUCGGCGGCAUCGGUGCCUCCCACCCCUCGGAGUGAAGGUGAGAUUUUGCAGUCAGCCAAUGUCAGGAGCUUCACCUUCAACGAGCUCAAGACCUCCACCAGGAACUUUCGGCCCGACAGCGUUCUCGGGGAGGGAGGGUUUGGGUCAGUCUUCAAAGGAUGGAUUGAUGAGAACACCUUCGCCCCGACCAGGCCCGGCACUGGGAUGGUCAUUGCUGUCAAGAAGCUCAACCAAGAAGGUUUCCAGGGUCAUAGGGAAUGGCUGGCUGAAGUGAAUUACCUUGGGCAAUUGUCGCACCCCAAUCUUGUAAAGCUCGUAGGCUACUGCCUUGAAGAUGAGCAGCGGCUUCUUGUCUACGAGUUUAUGCCACGAGGAAGCUUGGAGAAUCAUCUUUUUAGGAGGGGUUCACAUUUUCAGCCACUCUCCUGGAACCUUAGAAUGAAGGUUGCCCUUGGAGCAGCAAAGGGGCUUGCCUUUCUCCACAGCGACAAGGCAAAAGUUAUCUACCGUGAUUUCAAGACAUCUAAUGUUCUUCUAGAUUCGAACUACAAUGCGAAGCUGUCUGAUUUCGGUUUGGCAAAGGACGGACCAACUGGCGACAAGAGCCAUGUCUCGACCAGAGUUAUGGGAACAUACGGAUAUGCUGCUCCUGAAUAUCUCGCGACAGGGCAUCUGACAGCAAAGAGCGACGUCUACAGCUUCGGAGUAGUCCUUCUGGAGAUGCUAUCCGGGCGCCGUGCCUUGGACAAGAAUCGCCCCUCUGGUGAGCACAACCUGGUGGAGUGGGCACGGCCAUACCUGACAAACAAGCGGCGCAUCUUCCGCAUCCUGGACGCUCGGUUGGGCGGGCAGUACUCCCUCGCCGGGGCCCAGAAAGCUGCGGCGUUGGCGCUCCGGUGCCUGUCUGGGGACUCGAGGAACAGGCCUCGCAUGGACCAAGUGGUUGCAGCGCUGGAGCAGCUUCAGGAUGCCAAGGAGACGGGGGGCUCUCAGUCUCAGCUGCAGAGGAAGCUGAGCAGCAAUGGCCACCGGUCGCGCAGCAAGUUCCCAGAGGCGGCGCCAAAACCAAAUGGAAAUCCAAGACGGCCGUUGCCGGCCUCGCCUCUGCGUGAGUGAUAAUUGAGACGGAAUUAAUGUAGAUUCCCAUUCCUGAGUGACUUGUACAAUUUGUCUAGUGUUUCUUCCUUUUGCAAAUCCAAGUUUUCUUCCUUUUG